CAGAAGAUUUCGUCUUUGAUAUUAACUAAUAAAAAGUCUGCAUUUGAGUUCACAUGUGUCACAUCGCUGUUUUUUAUUCAUUUUCAGAUUUAUCAUGGCAGUGAUGAGAGGUCUUGUGCUUCUUUUCUUGGUCUUUUCUGUGGAGAAUGCAACAGCUGAAAGAUGUCCAUUUGGAUGGACACCUUUUGGAGUUGAAUGCUUCAAGUUCUUCCCUCAGACAGUUGACUGGGUCAGAGCAGAGAAAAAUUGUCAACUCCUUGAUGCAAAUCUUGCGUCUGUGCACAGUAAAGCACAAAAUGAAUUUCUCCUGAGUCUGUUACCUGUUAACACACAGGUUUGGAUUGGAGGUCAUGAUGCUGAGAUGGAAAAACAAUGGCUGUGGACUGACGGAUCUCCAUUUGACUACACCAACUGGUGCAAUGGUCAACCUGACAAUGAUGAAGGUUCUGAGCACUGCAUGAUCAUAAACUGGAUUUCUGAUAACCUUUGCUUGAACGAUGUCCAAUGUAGUCCUGGAAGAGGUUAUAUUUGUGCUAGAAACCACUGAUGAGAAUUCUGCAUACAGUACAUUUAAAAUUGUACCAACACAUCAUCUCUACAGUUCCAUA